ACUUCACCGAGCUAUUGGGUGCAGAACUUUCAACGGAUCUGCUGAGCCACAAUAAGAUGUGCUGCAUGCGCCUAGCUGCCGGUUGAUACGACGCGCCACCUCAAAACGUCGACUCGCAGGACCCGGGCUGGAGGGCUCCGCCUGUUCGCUGGCGGAUAAGCACCCUGAACAACAAACACACGCGUCAGGUCGACGAAUUGAACGCCGAACAUACUGCGGUAAGCGAUUGCUAGCUUGCUAUCGCAGGUAAGAACACCAGAGUCCGUCUCUGAUAUAGUGUCAGCUCUCCAACCUUGCUGCAGCCCGCAGAGCGUAGGCCGCACGCUCCCCACUGAACCCAACCUGGCAGCACACCAUGUCGCCCUCGAUACCCCUCGACACGUUCAACCACCAGAUCAUGCAUUCUCGGGUUGGAAGUCCACAACAUAGCGAUGUGAAAGCGGAUCCAGGGUUGUCUUCGCGCAUGCGAGCGACACUCAAAGCACUUGCACCUACGCCUCAUGAUGUCGCCUCGCAAGCGUUCGCGCAUGAUUCUACCACGAUUGAUUUGUCCACCGCGCAAAGCGAGCUUAUACGUCCCGAAUUGCUAGAGUUCCUGAAGACGUUGGUAGAGGACAAAAUGACAGAAAAGACCUUCGCUGCACCAGCCGGAGAUGGUGGUGACGCUUCGACAAGAGAAAGCCUGGCUUCGUUCUUCAACAAGUCAUUCAAUCCUAUACACACCGUCAAGCCGGAACAUAUCGUCCUCACUGCCGGUGCCUCCGAUGCCCUCGAAAGUGUCAUCCACGCGAUUUGCGACGAAGGUGACAGCGUCAUCGUGCCUGGACCGUACUGGUUUGGUUUCGAGCGCAUCACAAGAACUCGGCAGAACGUUAAUAUUGUAGUGGCUCGACCACCCACGUAUCAGAACUUUGACAACUACCUGCUGCCUUCUAUCCAGGCCGCAUACGACUUCACAGCGGAUAAGUCGCGGAUCAAGGCCGUUCUGAUCUGCAACCCAAACAACCCUACCUCGCGCUGCUACACCCGGAAGUCGCUGAUCGAAUGCAUGGAGUUCUGUCAAGAGCGAGGCUUACACUUCAUCUCGGACGAGAUCUACGCUCUGACCGCGCUCAACGAUACGCCGCCAAAUAGUGCGAAGUUUGUCUCUGCCCUAUCCCUCACAGAACCACUUGUCCCAGAAGGGGCAGUCAAGAUCGAUCCCUCCCGCGUGCACGUAAUCUGGGCCGCGAGCAAGCUCUUUGGAUCGAGUGGCUUCCGCAUUGGCUGUCUCAUCUCCCAGCAAAACCCUAAACUCCUCUCCGCCCUGUCCCUCCUCACCUACUGGCACGCCAACACCCUCGCAUCCCUCUACCUCUCGCACCUCCUGACCUGGCCUCAACUCCCCACGCUCAUCGCUCUCAACUCGGAACGCCUCACCGCAUCCUACCGGCUCCUCGCGACCGCACUUCAACAGCUGGAUGUAAGCUUCGUGACGCCGACGGACGGCAUCUUCGUAUUCGCGAAGCUGGCGAAGCAUGCACAGAACAUCGAGGACGAGCAGGACUUCUUUCACCGGUUGGCGCUGCAGGGCAUACUGCUUGGGCCGGGAAACGUGUAUAAGGGUGUGGAGAGGGAUUUUGGGUGGACGAGAGUACGGUUUUCUAUCCCUGUUAAGGUAAUGGAGGUGGCGUUGGAGAGGAUUACGACGUUUGUGACGAUGGAAGGAUAGAGUGAGAUGUUGCUGCGAGGAUUGAUGGCGCUUCGGCGAGUUCACAUACUCCUGUUGUUUCGCGUUUUGAAGAAGGGGGCGUGUAUGAUGGGAGCUGCGAAGGUGUCUAAUCUGGCUCGGAUGCUGGGAUAUCUGUGUAGAAAACGAAGUUACGAGCUCACGAAAACACGCGGAGGAUGAUAAGGAAACG